AAGAGUGAACGAGGGAGGGAGUUGAGGAUCCAAUGGCGCCCAUGGACGUUUGUUUGCGUGUGGCGCACCACGCAGCAGCUCCCCCUCCCACAUUCGACGACGCCCUCGCCAUCGCCAUCGCCGUCUCCAGUACUCUCUCCCUCACUCACUCACUCACUCGCAGCGGCACCACCACCAGGCCUCUCCUCUCCUCCCCUCGCCCCCACCUUGAGCACUCGCUUCAGCCUCGGAGGUGCUCACUCUCGCUGCACUCACCAGGGUUACCGCAUUCAGCCAUGGCCGCGGUGGCCACAGUAUGUUCUACACAAACUCUUCGGUUUAUGCCGACAAUUGGACUUCAGAGAACCCGGUCAAAAACUACUUCUAGGUCUUUAGUGUCAAUAGACUCAGAAAAACAUUGGACAAACCUCGAACUUAAGAAAUCUCCAGCGUCAACUUGGGUUUGCAUGUCUAAGCCGGAGGAUCAAGAAAUUGUGCCGCCAGUUCCGCCUCCAGAUUGCUGUAAUCAGAAAGAAACAGAAGAAGUGACGCAAGUUGCUUCGGAAACCGCAAAGGAGAAUGCAACUCCAGUAGAAGUUUUUCAACAAAUCGGACCGUCAAAGCAAAUGAAUCGUCUAAUUGCUCUAGGAUCAGUAGUUUUUGCAGUUGGCCUCUUCGUUUCUGGGAGACUAGAAGGAGUCGCUCGACCUGGUUUAAGCCAGCUUUCCGCUAAUGCUGUUCCUUAUGAAGAGGCGCUGGCAAAUGGUCGACCGACAGUAGUUGAAUUUUACGCUGAUUGGUGUGAAGUAUGCCGCGAAAUGGCCAAGGAUGUCUAUCAAGUAGAGGAGGAGUACAGAGACCGGAUUAACUUUGUGAUGCUGAACGUGGAUAACCCCAAAUGGGAACCAGAGUUGGAUGAAUUUGGAGUGGAGGGAAUCCCUCACUUUGCUUUUCUUGAUGCGAAAGGAAACGAGGAAGGAAAUAUUGUUGGCCGUCUGCCACCAAAAUUUCUUCGUGAAAAUGUCAUGGCUUUGGCGAAGGGCGAGACAGCUGUUCCUCAUUCUAGUGUUGUCGGUAGCUUUUCAUCAGCUGACAGUAGGCAGGCUCCCCAACUUGUUGGACCCAGAAGUCAUAGUGAAAACUGAGUGUGCAUUUGAUGAGUCCUUGACUUCAUCCCACCAUCAAACGCCGAAAUCGUGCUGCAUUGCGUGGUACAGCUGUUUUGGGUAGCAAUAUUCAAUAUUCAAUUUAUUUUCUCCAACUCCUUGCCUCCAGUCAACAACGAUAAUUUGGAAGAGUUCACCCUUUCGGAUGCUCA